CUGCCGCCGCCGCACGAGACCGCCCAAGAGAGGAAGACCCGCGAGAAGGCUGAGAGGGAGAGCGCCAAAGAGAGGAUGGACACGUUGAAGAAGGCGGAGAAGGAGAUGGCAGCCAAGAUGCCCUUGGCGACGCGGGCGCAGGCGAAGUUGAUGAUCCCGCGCCAGAGGCUGGAAAAAGCCAUUGAACCCGACGGGUUCGGCAAGCUCCCCGAUGCCAUCAAGAAGAACGCGACCGACAAGUUGCAGGCGCUGUCGGCCAUGCUUAGGGCGAGCUCGAAUAUUGCCUCCAGGCGCUGGGGCCCCUCCAAGUUCACGUGGACGGCGACCGAAGCGACCGACAUCGCCAACGCGGCGAAUGCACAGGGUGUGUUCGUGAGCACGAUGUGCAAGAGCAUCCAGACCAG